UGCUGGACAUUGGGAACUCACAUGAAGUUUCUGCUCACAGACCACCUGCCCUGCACGAAGAGAAUUUGCAAUUGCAAAGAAUUAAACAAAGAAUUAAACAAAGAAGAAUUGCAAAGAGAACAAUCAAGCACCUGAAGAACCCAGCUGUGUGCCAGCAGCACGUGUGCUUGGAGAGAAAUGAUCUGUGUGUCUAUGCCAGGAAACACCUGUGUCUCACUUGCUGGGGAACAAAACAAUGUGGGCUCUGCCAUCCACAUGAGACCCCUUGAGUGUGCUAAGGAGGAGGUAGAAUCCCUGCCAGGAAAAGCAAAGUACAGCCUGCAUUGAAAGCAUGGGACUCAUCCAUAACUUCUGCAGAGCUGGAGCUGCUGUGGGUCCCCAGAGGGCUGGGGACAGCAAGCAGUGGUGGCUGAUCCUACCUCAGCCAUGAGCAGCAUCACUGGAUCUCCAGGGAAGUCAUCCAGGAAAAAGCAUUGAGGCACCAUUAAGAGCUGAUAAGGAUAUAUAAACUCUGGAAAACAGACUAAUUUCUUCAGGAAUCUUUUUUUCCUCCUUACGCUGCAGAUGCCGAGCAUCACCUCCUUACCCAAGAGGGUCCUGAUGACAUCACAUCCUCCCAAAAGAGUGACACAGCCUCCCAAGCCAAGUGAGAAAAACCAUCUCAGCUGCCCUGCACCAGCCCCAAGCACAGACACGCCAGGAGAAGAUGGACAUGGCUCCUGCCCUGCUCCUGCUGCUCACUCUGGGAUUCUGCUGCCCUGGGAUUUAUGGCCAGUCACUGCAGAUAAAGCUCAGGUAUCCCAGGGACAUCACCCAGCUCCAGGUGGGACAGAAGCUGGAGCUGGAGUGUCACACUGACAGGAGCCAUGGGGCAUCCUGGAUCCGCCAGGACAGGAGUGGGACCCUUCACUUCAUUGUCUUCAUCAAUGCCUUGUCCCGGGCCACAUUUGGGGAGAAUCAGAGAUCAACACGCUUUGAGGCGAGCAAAGACAACACAAUCUAUCGGUUGGCAGUGAAAUCUUUCACACCACAGGACGAGGGGAGCUAUUUCUGCGUGAUGAAUUUCAACCAAAUGCUGCACUUCAGCCCUGGCCUGCGUGCCUUCCUUCCAGUCACCACCACAGUGGCACCCAGCACACCAGGACCCACCACCCAGCGUGGCAUCACUGAGGACCCCGACCUCACGACUCCAGAUCCAGAGGAAAGAAUGCAGGAAAAUCUGAAUUUCUUCUGUCACAUCUUCAUCUGGGUCCCCUUGGCAGGUGCCCUCCUCCUGCUCCUCAUCGCCCUGGUGAUCACCAUCGUGCUGUGUCGACAAACCAGAAGACGAAGAUGCAGGUGUAAGAGACCUGCAAACAGGAAGCCCCCCACGAAACCCAGGACACCAAACUAACACGGAUCAGCAUCUGCUCCUCCUGGCUUCUGGAUCUUCUCCUGGGAGCUGUCAGCACAGAAAUCCAUCUCCUGCAUUAUCCACAAGGCCAGUGCACCUCAGCCACUCUGCCCUGACGGGUUUGAGGAGACGAGAGGGAGCACAGACACACGGACAGGGAGCAGCAGUUCCCUGGGAGCUGCAGGGUAAAGCACAGCUCCUUCCAAACCCUGAGCUCCUCUCAAAGGCCACCUCUGCUCCCAGGGACAGGGCUCAGGCACUAGAGCCAGGCCAGUGCUGAUGCUGACACACCUCAGUGAGAUGCUGGUGAGAAAUGAGGACAUGAGCUGGACCUUUGCUCAAGGCUCUGAGUGAUUUCCUCCCAAAAUGCAGCCAGAGGUGGAAUUUGCUACACAAAGCCUUAGAAAUAAUUAUCCUCACUCAACACAUGUUCUUGUGGUGCCUCUCUCCUAGGGCUUUUAUUGUUUCUUGUAAUGGAAUACAAGACUGCAUUGAGAAGCUGAAUAUGGAUUAAUUGUCUUACUUUUGAGGUUUUUACAGUCCUGGGGGCUAAGGUUCACUGCUCCACUCACACUAUCCUCGUUCUGCUGCUACCCCUGAUCUACCUAUUUCUGCAGGAGUUUGGCCUAAGAAAGUGGGAUUUGCUUUUUUUCUGAGGGAAAUGCCUGAGUAAUUAAAAAAAAUUGGUUUUGUUAAGCGGGAUGUUUAACAUGUUGAUAUUCUGGGGACAUGUUAUGGACUACUGUAAGUUCUGUUUUUUCAGAUCUGUAUUUCAUGUAAAUAUUUCCUUAGUAUACUUGCAAUUUAAGA